CGGGACCGGGACAGGGACCGGGCCCGGGACAGGGACAGGGACAGGGACAGGGAGAGAGAGAGAGAGAGAGGGAGGGAGAGAGACGUGCACCUUGUGGAUGGGUAUGGAUGGAUAUCGACUGCUCCUUUCGAUUCGGACGGCUGGCCACGGCCACGCAGCGGAGCAGCUGGCCAUGGCUUUUCUCGCUCGCGCGCUCGCUCUCUCACCUCUUUCUGUGAUGGUGGUUGGCUCGCUGGAUGGCUAGCGAUGGACCUCGACUGUAGAUCCAUUCAUGGGACCGACUUCCACCUGCUUUUGAUGCGUUCUCCUUUCCUCCCGUUCCGAGUUCCGAUUUCCGAUUCCCCUCCACUCCACUUGGUUUCCGCUCGACGACCGCGUCCGGCCUUGGACUUUCGUAUCGUAUAAUUUUUCGCCCCAAGUUCUCCAGAAUUUGACUCCGUGCUCGUGUUUCCGGUCCUCCCUUUGGAGUGAGUGCUCUGCUCGGUCGCUCUCGGUGGCUUCGUUCUGCGGUAGAUCUCGGUUGGGGUCAAUCGGAAACGUAUGUUUCUCUCGUGGAUCUUUUCUCACACUUUGAUUCUUAGUUGAACUACUAAUGGUCGGAUUACUGCGUUCCAAGAUAGGCAGGUACAAAGCAUGGCACGACUUUCGUAAUUAAAUUCGUGGUUAAUUCUUUCGUGGAUUUUGGCGACAUCGCUCCGAUUUUCAGUUGAAAUACGGCCAGCUUUAUGGUUCUGGUGUUUUGGCUUUCCUGGAAACUAGGAGCUUUUAGGGCUGUAUUUUCUGGUGCAGUGCAUGAAGGAGAAGCAGAUCAAACCAAACGUCUGGACAGCAGGCACCAGAAGUGGGGAUCACUCUAGCUCUAAUACAAAUUCUUUUGAGAAAUUUAUGCCAAGAAGUCUGUAUGGGUCUUGGCCAACGGAGUUAUGGGUUAUGGUCCACACGUGCAGUGAUAUUCCAUUCGACAAAAAACCAGAAAAUGUUCGUGUCCCUUUUAUUGUGCUCUAUUUUAAGUGGAGUGCACGUAGAAUGACUCGAGCCCGCGAUGAUACCGUCGGGGCCGAGGAAGAGGUCAUGGACCCGGAACAGUGUACGUUACUAAGGGUGAUGCAAGUUGUUCGGUUCGACAUGUGUUGAGGUUCGUGAUGUUGGCUGAACGACGAAUCAUGAAGUACGAUCGGGAGCUACAAUCUCGCUGGAGUGGGAAAUAAUACAAGCAGGGAAAGAAAGAGAGAGGAAGAGUAAAGGCGUCAAUGGCCGCUGCAGUCCAUGGAUUGACCUGGCGUAGAUGGAGGGGCAUGCAGGACGGAGGCACAGGGAUGUCCUGCAAUGGUGUGUGAACAGGGGAUUGAACCAGUCAAUCCUCGGCUCGACCUUGAGUUUCUCACGGGGACGGGGCAGUGGAUGGGAGUUGCAGCGAGCACGCCGAGGGAGUCCGUAUGCAGAGGCAAGGGGCUGUGAAACCAACCCACGGUACCCACCCAUCCUCGUCGUCGAGCACAGCGCAUACGCUGGGCCGCCGUGCAAUAUACUAAUGGCACCUUCAUGAUUAAACAACUCGGAGUCUUCGCUUGUGAGGGCCUUGUGAUAAAGAAAGCGGGACCUCGGCGUCCCCUCGCUCGCUCGGUCCUGGUCGAGAGCGCGUCUGGUAGGGUCUGCUCGAGUAGACGAACAGGACCCCGGGCGUCUAGUGGCAUCGAAUCUCGUCGACUUGCUUUGCAACUCCCGUCACGAGACCGACAUCCAAGCACGAACCUACGGAAGACUUUUGGGAUCGCGGCGACACACUUCCUCCCGCCAGCUCGGGCUCGUGAGGCACACCGCGCAACCGAAACGCAGGAGUCAAACUGGGCGAGGCGGGCGAGAGGCGAGCGAGAGAGGACACAUGAGCAAAUAGUUGGAGCGAGUCGGAGUCCCCUGCUUUGACGACAGGAGAUCUCCCGCCGGUGACGAUGUCGGCCCCGCUACUUCGAUCCUUCGCUCCUUGGUUCGUUCGAUGUGAUCGAGCCGGCCCUGUGGAGAUUUGACGAAGUACGUCCGCGCACUCGGGCCGCAUCGGGCAGGCAGGCAGGCAGGCAAUCAUCAUUCCUCCCCUAGCCUCAAGCCCGCUACAGCGUAGAGCCCUCCAAGAUGGCCACCAGACCUCCUCCUCUAGCUGGCCUCAUUGAUCUCGACGGACGCCAGCCAGAGAGAUAGAUGUCCGGCCCGGCCAGGCGAGCCAUUCCCGCCCCCUCCUCGCCUCUCCUCCAUUCCAUCGCCAGAUGCCACGGACGGUCGGCAAUUCGCAGUGUCCCUGGCCUUGUCAUUCCGCCAAAACCCCAAACCCGCGUGCCGAGUACUGCCAGUGAGUUUAUACUUUUCGAGUUCGUAGACUUGUCUGUCACCCGCUCCUCGCCACUCUUCUUCUGCCAUCGCGAGUCGACGGAAAGCAAAGCCGAGCAGCGUAAGCGAGCGCUGUGUGAAAAGCGAGGCGUUCGGAACAUCGCUGGGAAUAUCCGCAGUCCCAGACGAUGGGGAGCCUUGCGGCACUUCGUUCAGCUGCUCGCCUGCUGGCCACACGGUUCAUGCGAGCCCAUUCCAUAUAUUAUACAUCUGACGUUCGAUUCAUGAUUCAUGCGCAAGUGAUGGUGAGCAAGUACGAUGGGUUCGCGACCGAUCGGAGCUCCGGAAACUUCUUCCGCUUAGCUCGGCAGCCAAAAGUCGAAGCUCGGAUGCUCAUCUUUUGAGCCUUGUUUAGCUCCUACCAAAACCUGCCAUCUCUUGCAAACGUCUCGGUUCCCAGAACAUUUGCACGGAUGGAUAUGUUUCUGGCGGUCUUUCUCCUCAUACAGUGACCGAAAUCUGCAGUGACUCACUCGUCCUGAGUCCCACUGUGUCAGAAUAGGCUUCUACAUUUCUCACACAACUUUGAGUCGUUGACAAGGAUCCGCUCUCCGGGCCAGCAUUUUCUGCUGAAUGUUUCUAUGCCUGCUGCUGACUCGGCUGGUCUGUUUCUCGAGUCUCCAUUCGUGGACAUUUUGUCUUUUGUUCCGAGCGUCUCCCGUCGCUUUUCCACGGUCAUCAUAGCGUGCUAGCGUCCUUGAAUCAGUUGAUGAUUUCAAUGGCCCGAGCCCGGAGGGUCACGAGGCCAAUUUUGGACUCGAAAGAGUCAUUCACACUCACUCCUUCUACAAUUAGCUUGUGACUUGACAUAGCCCCGAGAGGAGGUGGGAAGUGUCCAAGAGCACCAUUUCUACAAGUAUUGGAAAAGAUCGUUGGAUUGUAUCAUCCUUUUCAGCCAUUAUCUUUCAGGGCCACUAACUUUCUUGCGUCGAGCAAGAUGUACUCGCGUGAUGUAGGACCUCUCUGCUUUUCAGAGAAAGUUGAAUUUGUUGCCUACAUUGGUGUACCUCUGUCCCGUAAAGAAAAAGUCGCACAAUCAUGAGUUCAUCACUGCGCCCAAGAAUCACUAUUGCUCUUCCUCCCGCCUUUUCUUGCCUACGCGAGGAAAACAGGCUAGCCGACCUUAUCGGAAGGCUUGUAGGAAGAAAAGAGUGAAGUUUGCACGCGAGGGCAGAGGCAAGGAUCUUAGAAAGGAAUGCAAUCAGAUAUAUGAGAACAUUGAAGAAGUUUCUCCCAGGUUAUGGAAGGUAUUUCCAAGAAGAAUGUUACUUUCUAAAUCAUCAGUUGUUUUACUCUUUAAAAAUAUUUUCUUGCUUCUGCGAUCCAGAUAAGACAGGCGAUAUAGGCAAUUUCAAGAGAUAUCCCAUCUGGAAAGAAACAUGUACAGUAGGAGAAGACGUGUAACCGCACCAGUCGAUUCGAUAUUCUCUUAUUCUGCAACUUCUACCAGGAGGUGCUGAGGAGGAACUUGCAGAUCGCAAUCCACACCCGGCGCCCACGGCAUAUGCCGAAGCACAUCCUGUUGACCCGCAUCGACCUCCGAAAUAAGACACCGAAACACAGGACAGAAAUCUCAAGGCCAUAAUAUAUGAUUUUCUUGCAAUUCACCCCUUGCUGCUCUGCGGUUCGUGGGGCGAGCUCGGGCCAAAGUCAAUGUAGGAUGAAACAGGGGUUAAAACUCAAAACAAUUCCCGCAAUGAUAUAGAAGAUAGAGGAAUAUUGUCAUGUUCGAAAAGGCUGAAUACACCAGACACAGGUGUGACCAGUAUUUCGUUGCCGGUCAAAAGCGUUCUUGUAGAAAGCUCGUGGGAGCGACAAAUUCUUGCAUGACACAAAGGGACCAAGUAAUACAGCAAAAAGGAGAAGACCCCAUCAAGCAGCAGGACAUGGAUGAGGCCAAAGUUGAAAGAUGGGGCUUGCCCCCAAAUUGCAUGAGUACGAGGAUGGCCAUCAGCGCAUCAUCCUCAUUUUCAAUCCGAGCUUAAGGACCGUAUGCCGACGCCAUUAGCGUUAGUGUCAGCAGGCCUCCCUCCGCCUCCAAGUUCUGCUGCAUGGGUACUGUAGUCCUGCUACUGCAGGGCCGCUGACUGCCUCACUGUAUCCCAUGCAUGCAAACCUGAGAAUCGGUGGAGCUCGGAAGAUCACACGCAAAGAAAAGAAUGUAUGUCCUGUUAGUAGUAGUGCUCUCCUGGACGCCUGCUUCGAACAUCCCUUCUGAGUCUGAGUCAACUUCAGUGCACUCGGCGCUCCUGUGCUCUUCUCUUGUUUAAUCAUUACCCGUCUCUAACUUUUUAAAUAUGUUUGUGCAGGUCUCGGCUAUUUUUUUCUUCUUGAUCAGCCGGAAACUUACUUACGAAUUCUUUUUCUAACAACAAUGCAGGGCUCCGUGAAUAAUGUACAUUAUAUUGCGGGCUUAGUUAAUAUCUACACAAUCUGAGAUAAACAUUGAAUCGAGACAUUUAAGUCCAUCCGGUUGUAUUAGUAAUUUGUUGUAGGCAAUGACUGUUGCCGUUCGUUGAAAUUAAUGACUGAAGAAUCUUCUGCAUUUUAACCGUGUGAAAUUGGUCCCAGUGCAUUCACUUGGUUUUGUUCAGCACAGCAAUAGUUUGAUCAUUACGAAUUUCAAAACUUCUUAUUUUUUGGGUGCGAGGUACUUCUCCUUAACUAUACCUGUGUAGAUCGG